AUGGCUAUUGCAGUUUCUGCCGGUGGUAACAGUGUACCUCCUUUUUUUGUAUUCCAAUUAAUUGUCCAUUAUAAAGAACAUUUUAUCCGCGACGGUCCUCAAGGAUGUAUGGGAAGCGCAAAUCCUUCUGGUUGGAUGAAGGAAGAAUAUUCCAUCCUUUUUAUGAAGCAUUUUGUCAACAAUGUCAAGUGCAUUAAAGAUAGGCCUGUUCUACUCUUGUUGGAUAACUACGAAUCACAUCUUUCGAUUCCGGCAUUAGAUUUUGCCAAAGAAAAUGGGGUUAUAAUGCUAUCAUUUCCUCCUCAUUGUUCCUACAUGCUCCAACCUCUAGAUCGAAGUGUGUUUGGUCCUCUCAAAAAAUUUGUGAAUUAUUCUUGUGCCCCAUGGAUGAAAAAUCAUCCCUGUUCAACAAUAUCUAUAUAUGAUAUUCAUGGAAUUGUCGCCAGUUCUUUGCCACAUGCUAUUACGCCUGUUACCAUUAUCGAAAAAAAUUCAGCUUCAUCGUCAAACCAAGAAGCCAUAGGAGUCACUUUUCUCAAAGCCACUAUUCCGGAAGUCGAUGCUCUGAAAGCCAUUGAACCCAAAACUCCUGUUUCCGAAACCACAGCUUCUUGUUCAACGUUUGCCACAACAGUUUUAUCACCGGAAGAUAUUCGUCCAUUUUCAAAAGCUAGUGAGCGAAAAAAAAAAAAGAACGGCGGGCGAAAAAAGGGAAAGUCUGCUAUUUUGACAGAUACCCCUAUAAAAGAUGAAAUAGCAGCUUCAAAAUAG